CAUUGUUCCAACUCCCGGUGUUGGCUGCCUACUUGGGUGAAUAGUGCAACAUUCUUCAGGUCUCCUCCCCCCCCAUUGGCCGACGUCUAAGUGCAUGGUAGCAAAAGUGGCCAUGAAGCUUACCGCAGUGGGACAGUGUUUCUUGGUGCUAAUAAUAGCGAGUUGUACACAUGUUGUCAUCUGCUCUUCCAAUGGAAACUACACAGAUAAGCUGUCACUACUGGAGUUCAAGAAGGCAAUAAGUUUUGAUCCACAUCAAGCUUUGAUGUCUUGGAAUGGCAGCAACCAUCUCUGCAAUUGGGAAGGUGUCCUGUGUUCUGUCAAGAACCCAAGCCGUGUCACUUCGCUUAACCUUACUAAUCGAGGUCUAGUAGGGCAAAUAUCCCCUUCACUUGGGAACCUAACAUUCCUGAAAGUUCUUGUCCUAUCGGCUAAUUCAUUCAGUGGAGAGAUCCCUAUCUUCCUUAGUCACCUGAAUCGGCUCCAGAUCCUCAGCUUGGAAAAUAACAUGCUGCAAGGAAGGAUACCUGCUCUUGCAAACUGCUCAAAACUAACGGAGCUCUGGCUGACAAACAACAAACUAACCGGACAGAUUCAUGCAGAUCUUCCUCAGAGCCUUGAGAGUUUUGACCUCACCACAAAUAAUCUCACUGGAACCAUCCCUGAUUCUGUUGCCAAUCUAACAAGGCUACAAUUCUUUAGCUGUGCCAUAAAUGAAAUCGAGGGGAACAUUCCAAAUGAAUUUGCAAAUUUGCUAGGGCUGCAGAUCCUCCGCGUCAGUAUCAAUCAGAUGUCUGGUCAGUUUCCACAGGCAGUCCUGAAUCUUUCAAAUCUAGCUGAACUUUCACUUGCUGUAAACAAUUUCUCUGGUGUUGUACCAUCUGGUAUCGGCAACUCUCUGCCUGAUCUUGAGGCAUUACUCUUGGCUCGCAACUUCUUUCAUGGGCAUAUCCCAUCCUCAUUGACAAACUCUUCCAAACUGAGCGUUAUUGAUAUGUCAAGGAAUAACUUCACAGGUUUGGUGCCUAGCUCCUUUGGAAAACUGUCUAAACUAUCAACGCUAAAUCUUGAGUCCAAUAAUCUCCAAGCACAAAACAAACAAGACUGGAGGUUUAUGGACAGCUUAGCAAAUUGCACUGAGUUAAAUGCAUUCUCGGUAGCAUAUAAUUAUCUAACGGGUAAAGUGCCGAAUUCUGUAGGUAAUCUUUCCAGUCAGCUCCAGGGUCUAUACUUGGGAGGAAACCAACUGUCAGGGGAUUUUCCUUCUGGUAUAGCAAAUCUUCGCAACCUAGUCGUUGUCAGCUUGUUUGAGAAUAAAUUCACCGGUCUGCUUCCAGAGUGGCUUGGGACUCUUAACAGUCUGCAAGUAGUACAGUUAACCAACAAUUUAUUUACAGGGCCCAUUCCAUCAUCCAUCUCAAACCUGUCUCAAUUGGUGUCGCUCGUUCUAGAAUCGAACCAGUUAAAUGGACAGGUACCGCCAAGCCUAGGGAACCUCCAAGUGCUUCAGGCACUGCUCAUUUCUUUCAACAAUCUUCAUGGCACUAUACCCAAAGAAAUCUUUGCCAUUCCAACAAUAGUGAGAAUUAGCUUAUCCUUUAACAGCCUACAUGCACCACUUCAUGUCGACAUUGGGAAUGCCAAACAACUCACAUAUUUGGAAAUCUCAUCAAACAAUCUGUCUGGAGAGAUACCAAGUACUUUGGGUAAUUGUGAAAGUUUGGAAGUUAUCGAGCUGGGACACAAUUUUUUCAGUGGAAGCAUUCCGCCUUUGCUUGGCAAUAUAAGUAACCUAAAUUUUCUGAACUUGUCUCAUAAUAACCUGACUGGAUCAAUACCAGUAGCUCUUAGUGGCCUACAGUUCCUUCAGCAACUAGAUUUGUCAUUCAACCAUCUAAAGGGUGAGGUGCCAACAAAAGGAAUCUUCAAGAAUGUGACAGAUUUAUGGAUUGAUGGAAACCAGGGGCUUUGUGGUGGACCACUGGGCUUACACCUACCUGCAUGUCCUACCGUGCAAUCGAAUUCAGCUAAGCACAAGGUUUCAGUUGUCCCAAAAAUAGCCAUCCCAGCGGCCAUAGUGCUGGUAUUUGUAGCAGGCUUUGCUAUUUUGUUGUUUCGAAGGCGAAAACAAAAGGCAAAAGCUAUCUCUUUACCCUCUGUUGGUGGAUUCCCCAGAAUUUCCUACAGUGAUCUUGUUAGAGCGACAGAGGGCUUCGCAGCCUCCAAUCUAAUUGGUCAGGGAAGAUAUGGUUCCGUUUAUCAAGGAAAAUUGUCUCCAGAUGGAAAAUCCGUUGCUGUCAAAGUCUUCAGUCUAGAGACAAGAGGAGCACAAAAGAGCUUCAUCGCAGAAUGCAGCGCGUUGAGAAAUGUGCGGCAUCGCAAUCUAGUUCGUAUCCUUACUGCAUGCUCAAGCAUUCAUCCUAAUGGAAAUGAUUUCAAAGCUUUGGUGUAUGAGUUCAUGUCACGAGGAGACCUGCAUAACUUGCUGUACUCGGCUCGAGACAGUGAAGACUCUCCAUGUUUUAUUCCACUAGCUCAGAGGUUAAGCAUCAUGGUGGAUGUAUCGGAAGCUUUGGCAUAUCUGCACCAUAACCACCAAGGAACCAUUGUACAUUGUGAUCUGAAACCCAGUAACAUUCUUCUGGAUGAUAAUAUGGUAGCUCAUGUUGGAGACUUUGGAUUAGCAAGGUUCAAAAUUGACUCAACAGCGUCAUCUUUUGUUGAUUCAAGUUGCACGUCCUCAGUUGCAAUCAAGGGAACCAUUGGAUACAUUGCUCCAGAAUGUGCCGCGGAUGGUCAAGCUUCAACUGCAGCAGAUGUCUACAGCUUUGGAGUUAUUCUUCUCGAGAUGUUCAUCCGUAGGAGCCCAACAGAUGAAAUGUUCAAUGAUGGGAUGAACAUUGCAAAGUUAGCAGAGAUCAACUUGUCUGAUAAUGUGUUGCAGAUUGUUGAUCCACAGUUGCUGCAAGAAAUGAGCCACAGUGAGGACAUUCCAGUGACCAUCAGGGACAGUGGAGAACAAAUUCUGCAGUCUGUGCUGAGCAUUGGACUCUGUUGCACCAAGGCAUCCCCCAAUGAGCGCAUCAGCAUGGAGGAGGUGGCUGCCAAACUACAUGGAAUCCAAGAUGCAUAUAUCAGAGGAAAUUGGAGGAGCAGUCCAUCAGCUAGGAGCUAGCUAAUGUUUCUAAUGAAGAGCUUGCAUGAAUUCCCAUUUGGGCUUUGCUGUGGUACUCUCAAGUAAAUGUGAACCGUUAAUCUAAUUAGAUUGGAUGGUUAGAAUCAUCUAUUACUUCGUAUGAGGCAAUGAAGUAAGGAAAGUUUUAGAUAUAAAGAUCUUUUUUAGAUCUAAUUGAUAUGUACAUGAUCUAUUAGAUAUAGCGAAUCUUUUUAUUUUUGCAACUUUAGAUGUAAUGUAACUUAACUAGAAAUAAACUAAUUACA